AUGCCCAAGUCUGACGACGACCUGUUGCCCAAAGACUCUGCGAUUGUCAAAUACGUCAAUAUGCUGCACGAGGCUACCGAAAUGACGGGGCGCGUAUUCGUGGAGGCGCCUCCGCUGAAGAACAAGAUGAUUGAGGCUGGCUUCGUCGACGUUGAGCUCCGCGUCUUCAAGUGGCCUCACAACACCUGGCCCAAGGAUGAGAGAUACAAGAAGCUCGGCUUAUGGACGCAAGAGAAUUUCGGUUCUGCGCUCGAAGCCUUGUGCAUGGCUGCCUUCACCCGCGUGCUCGGCUGGACGCGCGACGAGGUCAACGUCUUCCUCAUCGACGUUCGGAAUGACCUCAAGAACAAGAGCUAUCAUGCGUACUGCCCCGUCUACUGCAUCACUGGUCGCAAGCCGGAGAAGGAGAAGACCCCGCCGGUUCCUCAGGAGGGGACCGAGGCAGAGGGAGCGUAG